GCCUGGUAUCUGAUCCGGUCAGUCUCCAUUUUGUUUGCUCUUCUGUUCCUUUCUUCUUCUUGUUUUUUUUUUUCCAAUAGUGUUUCUUUGUCGGUGUCGGUGUGUGUACUUGUACUUGUGUCUGUGUGUGUGCGUGUAUCUUGUGCGCGUCAGUAGGCUGCACUUCAAUCUCAGUCUCAGCAACUGCGCGCCCAAAUGCAGUUCCCGCCAAACCCUUCAGCGGCGGCUGACUAUGGCGUCCAGGCAGCCAUGUUCAGCUACACCACUGCGCCUGCAUCCGACCCUGAGCCGCCUCUUCAGACGUCCCUGUCAUCAUGGUCGCUGCCAUCGUCGCUGCCAUCGUCGUCGUCAUCGGCCAUGAGGCGGCAGGUGCAGGCGCUCGUGUUUGCCAACGACACCCUCCCGCCAGUCGCUACGAGCGCGGCAGCCGCUUCAGUCGUGCAGUUCUCGCAGCAGGACAAGGCGUCGGGACUGCGGGUGGUCGGUGGACGCGGCGGGCUGCUUGGGCGCUCCUCCAAUGCUGCCGCUCUACCGCUCACGUCCGUCGGCGGGAGUCUGCACGGUGUGCGGCCGCUGUUCCCGCUGCUGCCAUUCGCAUAUCCCAAGCUGUACAUGGAUAUUGAUGCUGAGCAUUCCCAGCACCAGCCGGGCGGCGGUGGUUGGUCGGGCAAGAGCAGCACUUCCGACAAGCUACACCGCUCGACGAGUCUGAAGCUGCCAGAUGCACUCGGAUCGGCCAUGAUUCCGCAAGAAGUGCUACAGGACUUGCUUCGUGGCGACUCGGGCGACGGGAAUACCGCGACUCCAGAACCGGAACACGUCUCGUCCCAUCCCGCACCCAGGCUUGGAAACACGCUUGUUUCAUUCCCGCUCGACCUCGUCACGGCACCAACUGAUGAUGGCCCAAAUGCUGCUCAUCGUGGUAGCCAUUCCACUCAGUCUGAGGCCGCUUUCCGAGCUGUCGCCUAUGUGAGUGGACCGCUUCAAGACACAAUCGCUCUACGACGCUAUCACAUUGACAAAACAGGAGACAGUGGUCGAGCCUCUGGUGAUGUGAUUCAACUGGCAAUGCGCGGCGGUCCAAUCCGUCAACUCGCCUGUGGCACAGAGCACAAUGCAACAUUCCAGCCGGGCCUCCUUGGUGUGCGGGGAAUGUAUUCGGCUCUGCUGUUUGAUACAAGCAACCUCCAAAAGACAGUUGCGACCCAUUGCGCUCGCCCCGACACUCGCUCGUCCUCCCGGGCGCUUUCCUUCGAUAUUGAUGCGCUGCAAGACGACUCGCCGCUCAAACCCCUCUUUUGCGAAACAUUCGACACGCAACUUGCUGAUGUUUGCGUUAAUCCGCACAUUCCGUCAGAGUGUGUGAUUCUAUCAGAUCAAGGCACCGUACGAUUGUGGCAUGCGCGUUUCGGGCUCACGGUCGAACGCGCUGGCCACUCCUCGCCAUCCUCGUGGCGUCGCGCUCUAUUUACGCAUCAUCCGCGCGUACUGUACGAAUGCGAUGAGCAUUGCGUUUCUCUCUUUGAUUUUCGGGAUCCGACACGAGCCCGGUCAAGCAUUUUAACAUUGCCACAUGCCCAAUUGUCUGCUCUAGGCACCAGCAUCUGUGCGGCUGCCGCUCCUCAAGCCGACCAAUCUGCGAGCGAUUUACUCUACGUCACGACAUCAACGUCAAUCUGCGUUCUGGAUAAGCGCAUGACGCAACGGCCGUUGCUGUCUGUUGUCCAUCACUUGCAGCACGAACCGCCGACCAUUCUGCAGGUGGCUGUGAAUCCUGAAGACCCGCGCGAACACAUUGUGCUAGCAGCCAAUCGUCACCGCCAGGAAGCAAUUGGGCUUGUUGUUCAUACGGCGACGACGACUGAAGCGUGGUCGCCUGUUCCAUUUCCGUGGACGCCGCGACUCUCGCUCCCCCAGCAUGAUUUGGCGCGUGUUGAUCCGCACCAGACGCAAUCCUUGCUCAGGCCGCUUCAAAAGGAGGCGCGGUUUGCCCUCCGAUCAGAAGCCCUGUUUGUCAAGGCAGAGCGACCUGCACAUCUCUCACUCGGUGAAGAUGGUGAUGGUUCAUCCCUGAAGAGCGCCAAUACGCAAGCAUCUUCAUCGGAGGUGAGCUCGGAACGCGACUUUAAAGCCGAAGACCAGCAGUCUUCCAACGCUGCUGCUGCUGUUAUUGCCGCCGCCGCCGCCACAUUCAUGGGCGGUGUGGGCCACAAUGAUGCCAACCACGGGCUGGGCGCUGCGCCCUUUCCGCAAGGCAUCUCCACCACCAUCAAAUUGCCGCCGCGAUUCACAGCGAUUCCCUUCCGAGUGGCGAGUUACAAUACGCUGUCGCUUUCCACGCUUGCUCAGCGGCUGACCAGUGCGCCCAAUCGAUUGCAUGCUGCUCUGAACGGACUGGCGUUUGUUGGGCCUUUUCAGCGCCCGGGACCCAAUGACGAGCCAAAGUGCUGUGGGCUGCAUGUUUUGCUCUCAUCGUCGUGGGGUGACGUCUUUUACCAGCCGUUUGAACUGCCCGGGGGCAUGAGUGAUAAGAAUGCUUCUUUCCCCUCCGCGUCGUCUUCCUCCGCUUCCUUGAGCGCUUCCUUGAGCGUUGCGAGGAAUGCCUCGGAGCGCCGCGUCGAUGAAGGGCUUGAAGUCACCUUGUUCCGGGGCGCGCCACCCUCGCUUCCUCGGCAUGAAAGUGUUCUCGCCGAUGAGCAGCAGAUGCGUGACUUGCACGAGGCUCUGGCAAACGUCAAGGAACAUCAGUUUAUCGACUUGUCCAAGGUCUAUCAAUACAUGUUGAGCCCACCCGCCUACUCUGACUCCCUGCCAUCUUUGGAGGAGCUUGACGCGCUGGACGAGCAAAUUGUCGCCCGCCUCAAAACUGGUCCAGCCACAGAACGCGAUCUGGCUGCUUUGUUACUCCCAGUGCGUCAGACGCCACUGUCCGUCGAGCAGACCUCGCUCCAAGCAGCGUUACAGCGCCUCGAGCGGGAUGGAACGAUUUGUUUGCUUCAUUCGCGACCUGAUCCGAUGCGUGAGCUCGAGUCAAGGUCUUCCUCCUCAAAUAACGCGGUUGGUGCAAGCGAAGCCCGGCACACUAUUGCCUAUGCAUUGACCACCAGCGAGCUUCUUCAGCCCUCCGAGCGCUUGCUUUCCGAUACCAAGUCGAUGGUUGUGCCAAAUUCGACCGGGGCACUCGGGUCAUCGACACUUCUGUGGCAGUACAUGCAAGAGCGAUGGGACGCCAUGGCAACGUCAGAAACGCCCGCGGAAGCUGUCGAUGACGAGAUGGACGAAACGCUUGGCGAUUUACAGCCCGUGCGCAUCAAGACAUCCUCGAGCCAGAGCAGUCGAAAGAAGAGUGCCCUUCGAGCGCAACGCGCAGCAGCAGGAAACGCUUCGCCCGUUGGUUCUCCGCGCUCCAACCGCGGCGUCACUUUCAAGUCGGUCGCCGCUGCAGGCAGCCCCCUUCCAUCGGCAGCGUCGCCCUCUCUCUUCUCUCAGUCGGUUUCUCGCUCAGGCUCUGGUGCUUUUACGCCCCCGCCCGUCCGCAGUGCAGUCACGCUUUCGCUCGACUUUUCACAGCCGUCCGAGUCGCCGCUCUCACAAAGCCUGUCAUUCUCGCAGAGCUCAUCCAUCUUUCCAGCCUCUCAGCAGUCGACCAGCGGCGUUUCCAAAAAGCGGUCGGGAGACAGUCAACGAGGCUCGCAGUCGAAAAAGCCGCGCGUGUCUGGAUUUUAAGCGAGCGAUGGGCUUGUUAUUGGCUUUUUGUUUCCCUUCUUCUUCGUUUCUUCUUGGAAACUCGUUCUACGAGGAUACAUUUGAAAUUGUUAACUAUGAUUCAUAUUAAUACAUCGCUACUAGACUUUCGGC